AUGGAGGAUCCUUUCAGCCUCUCAACUUUCUCGCCGGCGCCCAACGUCUCCGUACCUGUCUCUCCUGGCUGGGGUCUCAACUUCACUUCCGGACAGGGGACCCCAGCCCCCGGGCCGCCGCCGCCGCCUCCGCCGCCUCCCGGACCACCCAGCCGCGGCAUCCGCCUGGUCUUCCUGGGGGUCAUCCUGGUGGUGGCGGUGGCCGGCAACGCCACGGUGCUGUGCCGCCUGUGCGGGGGUGGCGGGCCCUGGGCGGGUCCCAAGCGUCGCAAGAUGGACUUCCUGCUGGUGCAGCUGGCCCUGGCUGACCUGUACGCGUGCGGAGGCACCGCGCUGUCGCAGCUGGCCUGGGAGCUUCUGGGCGAGCCGCGCCGGGCGGCGGGAGACCUGUCGUGCCGCUUCGUGCAGCUGCUGCAGGCGUCUGGCCGCGGCGCUUCUGCCCACCUCGUGGUGCUCAUUGCCCUCGAACGCCAGCGCGCAGUGCGCCGGCCGCAGGGCCCGCCGCUGCCCGCGCGCGCCCUCGCCGCGCUGGGCUGGCUGCUGGCGCUGCUGCUGGCGCUGCCCCCCGCCUUCGUGGUGCGCGGGGGCGCCCCCUCGCCGUCUCCUGCCGCGCCCUCCGCAGCCAGCACCUGGGCGGAGGAGCGUCGCUGCCGCGACAUCUUCGCGCCCCUGCCGCGCUGGCACCUGCAGGUCUACGCGCUUUAUGAAGCCGUCGCGGGCUUCGUGGCGCCGGUCGCGGUCACGGGCGUAGCAUGCAGCCGCCUGCUCUGCGCCUGGUGGCAGCGCCUGCCCCAAGCCCCACGGCCUUCAGCGCCCUGGUCGGCGACUCCUGGCCAAGCCCCUGCGCCCUGCGCGCUGCCCCGCGCGAAGGUCCAGAGUCUGAAGAUGAGCCUGGCGCUGGCGCUGCUGUUCGUGAGCUGCGAGCUUCCUUACUUCGUCGCCCGGCUGGCGGCCGCGUGGUCGUCCGGACAGGUGGGAGACUGGGAGACCGAGGACCUGAUGGCGGCGCUGCACCUCGUGGGGGUGGCCAACAGCGCUCUCAACCCCUUCGUCUACCUCUUCUUCCAGGCGGGCGGCCGCCAGCUCCUGCGGCGGCUGCGAAGGUGCCUGGGCGCAGCCUGCUGCUCGUGGGAGGGAAGAGCGGAGGACGAUGAGGAGGCCGGGGGCCACCAAGCGCUUCACCGCCACCGCUGGCCCCACCCCCAUUACCACCACGCUAGACGCGAGCAGCCCGUGGAGGGAGGCUUGCGCCCACCCCCGCCGCGCCCCCGGCCGCUGCCCUGCUCCUGCGAAAGCGCGUUCUAG